UCUCGAACCUCGACUGUCGAUCUCUGACAGUUUUCUUGUCGUGGUUUGGUUGGUCGUCCUCUUGUUGGUGUUAUUGUGAUUGACAGAUUUUCUCAGUUACCGACAGCUAGCCGCCCACCAUGGGGAAUUUCGGGAGUUGCUUGGACAAUGUAAACAUCCCGCCUUGCGUUUGGUUUGCCGGGGGAGAGAAGCGAAAUGCUGUAGCCUCAAUGGUCGCUGGAACUCUGUUUUUCAUGGGCUGGUGGUUCAUUAUUGAUGCUCAAUCAGUAUACCCUAAAUACAUGUCCCAUGCAUACCAUGUUUGCGGAGUUUUUGGAACUCUGUCUCUCUUCAUGAUCAAUGCUGUAUCAAAUGCUCAAUUAAGGGGUGAUGCGUACAAUGGUGGAUUUUGUGGUCCAAGAGGGGCAAGAUUGUGGCUGUUCCUAGGCUUCGUUAUGGGCUUUGGUUCUGUCAUAGCAUCAUGCUGGAUUCUAUUUGCAAACUUCGUAAAUAAUGAUCAAAUUAAAGCCAACUGGCCAGGAUUUGCACUCUUCUUCCAAAACAUUUUUAUUUUCAUGGGCUCCCUCAUCUACAAGUUUGGAAGAGUUGAAGACCAAUUUUGAGAAGAUAGGGUUUCCAUGAUUUAUGCCACAAUCCGUUAGGCAUUGAGCACGAGCUGUGUGGUCCAGUAAGCUUUUCUUUUAACUAGUUCUGGUUUUUUAUUUUUUAUCUUGAAAAUUUUAUCUGCUUGUGGCUUUACCUGUACUUUCUUAGUAAUCACUACAUUUAGCUUGCCAGCAGUCUCGUGCUCAGUCAUGGAACCCCUUAAGUAAAUCAGGAAACAUAUUUAACUAUCACUUAGAAAUCCUGUGUUUCAUAAUCAACUUUAAUAUUUUCAACAACAUUCUUUUGAUAGGACACCAGUGUGAUAUAUAAUAACAUACAUUUUGUUUACUAUUUUAUAUUUAUUACCUCAAUUUAUUUUACUGUAAGAAAGUUAUGUAAUGAGUUAUGGUGGUGACUUAAUUAAUGUUUUUCAUCUUCUUUUCAAGAAGUAGCUUUGGCACCAUUUCAUACCAGAUAAAUCUCACAAAGUGUAUUCUCCUUUACUGUUUGUAUUAAUAACUGCGCAACUUUUUUUUACUGAAUCAUUGUGAUUUUAUUGGAACAAAUAUUGAGAGGUUAAGCACAAUAUUGGCUGCUAUGAAAUACUUCCCAUGGUCAAUUUAUCUUUGUGUUUUUGAAGUUUUCUGUUAUUGUUGAGAAUAAAAAAAAGAAACAAACUUGGCAACUGGGAGGCUGUCGAAAGCUUGUACCGUGGUCAAUACAAAGCUUGCACCUUGUUCACUAGUUUGAGAUUUUGUGGAUUAGAUUGUUUGAAAUUCAAUGAGACUGUAUACUUGUAAGUACUAAAAUUACAAUCGAAUAAAAGAUUCAAUUUUGAAC